GAAUCAGCACCGCACACACAAUGAUGACCGACUAGCCAUCAACAGACCGAGUGUGUUUCCCACUCCUCCCCUCCCCCUCAUCACCACGACGACGACGACGACGACGAAGCCAAGAAGAAGAAGAAGAAGAAGAAGAAGAAGAAGAAGAAGAAAGGAAGGAGAAGGAAGGAAGGAAGGAAGGAGACAGAUGAAGACGGACGCCGCGGCCGCGUGAAAUCGCUCCCUCCGCGAAGCUAAAAAGCUCAAGCUCGCUCUUCGGCCCCGUUCGCAGCUCCUUUUCCGACGACUCCUCCCGCCGCCUCCGGUCGAUGACGACGGCGGCGGCGGCGGUUGGCUGCUGCGAGAGCGCGAGGGAAUCUCCGGUCGUGUGACGGAGCGUCGCAUUUAAGAAAAAGCGUUAAAGCUGAAGCCCGACCGGCGCGUCCCCAGGAAUUCGGCAUCCUCAGAUUCUCGCCGUUUUGUUGGAAUCGAUUCGAUCGGCCUCGAUUCCAUCCCUCGCAAUUACGAUCCCACGGGACUACUCCCCAGUCGUCAGCGAGCCCACUGUUUCGAGAGAGAUAUCUCGCGGCUUCAGCUGAAGGAAGGGGAAAGGGAAGAUGCUGACGUGCAUAGCUCGCUCGAAGCAGCCCGGCGACGACUCGCUGAGUCAGCCUGAGAACGCCGCAGAUUCCGCCUCCGCCGCCGGCGCUAAGAACCAAUCCAUCAAGUCUCUCACUUCUCAGCUUAAGGACAUGGCGCUCAAGGCCUCCGGGGCGUACAGGCACUGCAGCCCCUGCACGACGGGGACGGCGGCGGCGGCGGCCGGGGGCCAGAGCCGGCUCCGGAACUCGAGCGAGUCGGACGCCGACUCGGACCGGUUCCGGUGGUCGUACCGGCGGCAGGGGAGCUCGAGCUCCAACACGCCCAAGCCGUGGGGGAAGGCGGAGCUGGAGGCGAGGCUGAAGGGGAUAUCCAGCGGCGAGGCCACCCCGAAGUCGGCGAGCGGCCGCCGCGACCCGGUGGUGUUCGUGGAGGAGAGCGAGCCCAAGGAGUGGGUGGCGCAGGUCGAGCCCGGCGUCCUGAUCACGUUCGUGUCGCUUCCCCGUGGCGGGAACGAUCUCAAGCGGAUACGGUUCAGCCGAGACAUGUUCAACAAAUAUCAAGCUCAGAGAUGGUGGUCCGAGAAUUAUGACAGGGUCAUGGAACUCUACAAUGUCCAGAGGCUUAACCGCCAAGCCUUUCCACUUCCAACCCCACCAAGGUCUGAAGAUGAGAGCUUCAAAAUAGAAUCUGUGCAAGACAGCCCUGUAACUCCACCUCUUACAAAGGAACGUCUACCACGAAACUUGUAUCGUCCACCGGGGGUGGUGAUGGGGUACUCCUCCUCAGAUUCACUUGAUUACCACCCUGGACUGCCACGCCCUUAUCGUGACUCUACUGGUGUCGCAUCUACCCCGAAACUCUCCAGCAUCAGUGGAACCAAGACAGAAACUUCAUCAAUCGAUGCCUCAAUGAGAAGUAGUUCUUCAAGGGAUGCAGAUCGCUCAGGAGAGCUGUCCAUCAGCAAUGCUAGCGAUCUUGAACCUGAAUGGGUCGAACAAGAUGAACCAGGAGUUUAUAUAACUAUUAGAGCAUUGCCAAGUGGCAAAAAAGAGCUCAGACGAGUCAGAUUCAGUCGAGAAAGAUUCGGGGAGAUGCACGCUCGAGUAUGGUGGGAAGAAAAUAGAGCAAGGAUCCACGAACAGUACUUGUAAUUGAAAGCACGAAGGCGAUGGUCGCAGUUCCUGAGGUCACCAAUUGUUACUUUUUGCCGGUUUUUUUUUCUUCUUUUCACUUAUUCUACAAUGUUGCAUCUGAAACCUAUUCAAAUGUAUAUCUUAAAGGGUGUUGUACAGGCACCUAUAGGCAUAUGGAGCUACCAAAAUCUUUUGUAAGCUACCGCUUCUUUCGGAGCUCACUCCUUGUGAUGCUCCAGAGAUAUUAGCACGGGAUGCGGGUCAUGAACAACAAUUUUGUUUAUAAUAUCUUUCAGUUUUGGGUA